CUGUAGAUGAGGACUCAUCGCUGAUCGCCGGCGAUAUUUUGCUCUCUUCUCUCACAUUCACGGGUAUGUCUCGCAGCUCUCCACUGUUCAGUCUUCGUUCCCGUCGAAGCUUCUCUCUUUGGUCGAUGAAGAAAGAAGCGGAUCUCGAAGCGGCUUUAUCUCGAAAUCGCCGGUGGAUAGUCAAUAAUCAGAUCAAGAACAUAAUUCUCCGGUGUCCUAACCAUGUCGCAUCAGUUAAUUUCCUGCAGAAAAAGUUUAAGACGCUUGAUCUUCAAGGAAAAGCUUUGAAUUGGCUUAAAAAAUACCCCUGUUGCUUUGAAGUUUACCUCGAGAACGAUGUGUAUUUUUUUCGACUAACGAAGCGAAUGAUGUUUUUGGUAGACGAGGAAGAGUCCUUGAAAGAUAUGCAAGAAUCGGUGUUUGUAGAGCGAUUGGCAAAAUUGUUGAUGAUGAGUUCGAAUCAGAGGCUAAAUGUCUUGAAAAUAAAUGAAUUGAAGAGGAAUUUAGGGUUUCCUGAUGAUUAUUUGCUUAGAAUUGUACCUAAGUAUUCGGAAAUGUUUCGGAUUGUUAAUCACACUGGUAGACGGAGUUCAAUGGAGAUUGAGCUCAUAUCCUGGAACUCUGACUUAGCAGUUUCUGCACUUGAAAAGAUAGCUCGAAAGCAGGGUACUGAGCCUUCCUUUUCGUGCUCAUUACCAUUAACCUGGUUGAAAUCGUGGGAGAGAUUUCGCGAUUUUAAUGCAACUCCUUACAUUUCACCAUACUUGGAUUCUAGAGGGUUGGUUGAAGGAUCGAAGGAAAUGGAGAAGAGGACAGUGGGAUUGGUUCAUGAAUUACUGUCACUCACUCUCUGGAAAAAAGCAUCAAUUCUGAAACUGGGUCAUUUCAGUAGAGAGUUUUGUUUACCGGAGAAGUUGAAUGUAUUGCUGCUCAAACAUCCCGGCAUAUUCUAUGUUUCAAACAAGUAUCAGAUUUACACAGUUCUUCUUAGAGAAGGAUAUAAUGGGCUGGAACUGUUUGACAAAGAUCCGCUUGUUGUUGUGAAGGAGAAAUUUGGGGAAUUAAUGCAGGAGGGGCUUCAUGAGUAUAACAGGAGGCACUGUUUAUUGAAUUUGGAGAAGAACAGGAAGAAAGGCAUGAUUUUGGUAGAAUCAAAGAAAAGGAAGGACCGAAGCACUGAAACGUCUGACCAAGAUGAUCAGGAAGGUGAUCUAGGUGGCAUACUUGAUCCGGAAGAAAGAAAACGAUUCUAUAAAGUUCUCUUUGAUGACAGUGCGCCAUAAGUUUUGAACAGUGGUGUGUCACACAUGUUAGGAUCACAAAUUCAAGAUUCAAUAGUAUUUCAAGAGUUUCAUUGUUUAUAUGAGGGGGCAAGUUGGUGGGGAAGAACGUGGAGCGUGAUUCUAAGUUGUUACAUUCAUGGAGCAGUCUUGGAUGUGUUCACAUCUUAUCCCACCUCAUUAGAGCAACUCCAAGGGCCUCAAUGAAAUGCCCUUCUUAGCUAUUUUACAGAGGCAGUCCUUAAAUUUAUUUCCAACAGACUAGCUAUUUCCUAUAACCUUCAUUGGCUAGUUAUUCCUGGCGAGGCAAAGAAGCUCGCUAUUGUGUUUUUGCGCCAAUUUCUUCACCCACAACACCC